AUGUUGGAAUCGAUUUGGGUUCUACAUAUUCCUCGUUGGAGUUGGAAAAACGAUCGAAUUAAAAUUAUUAUUAAUGACCAGGGUCAUCGUACGACGCCUUCGUAUGUCGCUUUCAUCGAGACAGAAAGUCUUAUCGAUGAUGCUUUAAAGGAAACCGCAGAAGCUUACCUUGGUACAAAAGUUAAUAAUGCCGUAAUUUCUUCACCAGCUUACUUUAAUGAAUCUCAACGUCAAGCAAUAAAAGAUUCCGGUGAAAUCGCUGGUUUGAAGGUAUUACGCAUAAUUAAUGAAGCAACCACGGCGGUUAUUACUUAUGGUUCGAAUACAAAAGCUUGUGCCGUUGCUGAUGACACACAUCUUGGCGAAGAUUUCGACAAUCGACUUGUAAAUCAUUUCGUACAUGAAUUCAACCAAAAAUUUAAGGAAGUUCUUACAACGAAUGCACGUACUUUCUGUCGAUUAAGGACAGCUUGUGAACGUGCAAAGCGUGAACUUUCAUCAUCAUUAAAGCUUCGAUAG